AUGCCCUUGUCACCAAGUGUGCAGAAUCGUACAAGUCGUCUUCCUUUUGUGUCCGACGGAUUCAUGUUCAAAGAACACGUGCGUCGGUUUAACAAUAUGCAGCGGACGAUUCAAGAGCGCUUUGGUAAACCGGCGCAGUACAUUUCCGGGACAGAUGGCACCCGCGUUUCUUCUCCGUCCGCCUCGUUUCUCUCUAGGGGAUCACGUGCUUCCCGGGGUCACGGAUCUAGAAGCAUGGGACCAGGGGGCAGCAGGCCAUAUCUUUAUGAUGCCGCGGGGACUACCGAGUACUAUGGCCAGGAGGGCAGUCCACCACCCCGAUAUAACGCUAGGUCACAACAUAACAGGGAAAUGGAGGAUGAAGAGCUGCUUCAGUACAUAGAAAAUCGCCAUCGUACAGAACGUGGUACUCGUGAUCAUCAGUUCAACGGAAGCGGAAAACCUGGCCGGCGGGAUGUUUACGACGUGCAGUCAGCGGCGAUGGCUGGGUCUAAGAGCCAGCGGGACCAGGCAUACAAGGGGUACGAGACAACUCAGUAUAAUCAGCGAGGAGAAGGUUCUAACAGCAAUGUGCAAUACUCUCUGCAGAGCGGUGAAUACGACGUGCCAGACAUCCAUGACUCCCGAACAGCUGUUGUGGCGUCCUCUCAGAUCACAGAUGGUCCCGCACCAGGGAGGCAGCGACCAAAGAGGCACUCUGGCGCGUUUCUAGGAGACGAGGCCGCACUAGUUGCUGACUUAGAGGAUCUAUUUCAAGGACUCCGAGCAAUACGCAACCCUGGUCAUUCGAACAUCGACAGCAGUGUCAGUACUCUUACUCAGUCCUUUAUGGAAAGUAACUCGAUAGUCAAGCGGGUUUACAGGCCCCAUCAUCAGGCGCUAGACUUGUCAGAGGAACUGAUUGACAGGAUGGAUGAGUUUCUUAGGAGCACAUCAGACCAGCAGACUCUGGCUGCGGCCAAGCGGGCGAUAGUAAAGAUUCAUCGGGGGAUGAACUCGGAUUCUGCCCUGGAGGUCUUUAUGGCAGAGUGCCAAGACAAUCAUCUAAGUCAGGUCCUCACAGCGAUGAUCCUCCAGGUGCUUUGA